CCAGCGCCUCCAAAGAUGUAAAGAAGGAUUCCUCUCGCUUUCGUUCGAUCGUUGUCGACCUCCUAAACAGUUGUGAACAUGCACGCUGUUAAUAAUUACAGCGGGAAGCUUUUCUUCACGAGCAAAGCGUUGGACGCAAGUGCGGAUUCGUUCCAAGUUUUUCUCGCUGCCCGACAGAGCUCAUGAAACCCUCUCCAGAGCGACGGGUUUAUGGACUCGCGUAUUAGCUAAUGAUGUCUAUGGGUUUCAUGCCUGACAGUCUGAAUGCCUCAGAUCCCUCCAAAUCGGCCUUUCUAGAAUUCGGCCACGGACAUCCGGCGCACCAGCAACUCUCCCCCGGACUCUCUCGCAUUUACCCCGUCCACGGCUUGCAUGCUGCCGGGCAUUCCCAGCACGAAAGUCCUUUUCCUGGCAGCGCGUCCUAUGGCCGCUCUCUGGGCUACGCGUACCCCAACGCGGUGAACACUCAUCCCCCGUCUGCUUACAUGUCGUACCAGCACAGCAAUCACAGCAACAGCAGCAGUCUGGCCCACAGCAGAUUAGAGCACACAGAUCGCGAGAAGUCCACGGCGAUUGAGAGCAGGGACAUUCGUCUAAAUGGCAAGGGGAAAAAAAUCCGGAAGCCUCGAACCAUCUACUCCAGUCUGCAGCUGCAGGCUCUGCACCAGCGCUUCCAGCAGACCCAGUACCUGGCCUUACCGGAGCGCGCCGACCUGGCGGCCAAACUGGGACUCACCCAGACUCAGGUGAAAAUCUGGUUUCAGAAUAAGCGCUCCAAGUACAAAAAGAUCAUAAAGCGAGGCAGCGGAUCAGAGGGAGAACAUCUCCACAGCACUAGCUCCAUCUCCCCCUGCUCACCCGGGAUGCCCCAGCUUUGGGAGGUCUCCUUGGCGAACAAAGGAGCCCAAAUGCACCCAAACAAUUACAUGAACAGUUUUGGCCACUGGUAUCCAAACCACCACCAUCCCCACCAGGACGCGAUGCCCAGUCCUCAGAUGAUGUGAGUGGAUUGUUAUGGUGACGUGCGGGUCAUGCGCUGGUCCCAAAUGAAGCGCACUUCACCCUGAACUUGCUGGUUUCUCUCAAGGCCUCCUGUCAGAACUGAAUUGUGUUUAAAUGUGUGUGUUUAAGAGAUCUUGUUUAUAUUCUUUGUGUGCAUUUUGAAUUCAGUUUUCACAGCAAAAUUCGACAAGGCACCAAAUGUAUUUUUUUAGAUUUGUUUUAUUGUCACUGCAACUUCUGGUGCAGGGCCUCAACUCUCUGCAAUGUAUGUGCAGUUUACCAAGAGACUGUGGAUAAAAGGCAUUUUAAAGAAUAUAGAUUGUGUGCAUGUACAUGUACGUUAUUAGGAAACUAGUUUCUGUUGCAUGGUCCAACAAAUGCUGUGAGCAUUAUGCUAAUAAAUGC